CUUCUUGACGUCUCUCUCUCUAUGUGACUUUUGAUUUGAAUACCAAUUAUUUCUUUGAUGGAGUUUUAGUGGUGAUCAUUUUCUCUUCAGUUUAUUAUUAUAAUUCUCCGUUGAGAAACUUCUGGGGUUUUUUUUUUUUAUAAUUUUCUUUUGAAUUUCUAUGUGAGAUGUGAAAUUUGUCAAUUUUGAUCAUAUUUCUGAGCUGGAAGUUGGGUCAUCUCUCUCAGAGGCAUGUCACCUGCAGCCAAAGUCUCUGAGUUUCACAGAGAAGGAAAUGAUUGCUCGGAGACCUUAAAGUUUGCAGCUUUUUUCUCAAUUCUCAUUUUAAAGAUGUUCAGUGAGACAAGGAUUCAGAAAUCAUUUGGCUUUUUGAUGUUUUUUUUUUGUUUCGGAUACUGACCUGGAAAAUUGAAUAGAUCUUACAAAAAGAUCUUCUCCAGAUGGAAUUGUUUUGUUACAAAGAGCUGAAUUUUAAAUUCUUGCAGGUUUUGCAGAACAGGUCUUACAAGUGACAUAACUGUUGUUGUUGAUGAUGUGAAGUUCCAUCUUCAUAAGUUUCCUCUAGUGUCAAAAUGUGGAAAGCUAGCACGGAUGUAUGAAGAUGAUAAGAAAUCUCUGUGGACAACAGUUCUCGAAGAUUUCCCAGGUGGGUCAGAAACUUUCCUGACGGCUGCAAGAUUCUGUUACGGGGCUCGGGUAGAUUUGACCUCGAAGAACAUAGUUUCCACACACUGCGCAGCCGAGUACCUCGACAUGACAAGUGAGUACGGGGAAGAUAACUUGAUAUCCCAAGUGGAAGCAUUUUUGCACAAGCACGUGCUUCGCAAUUGGAAAGACUGUAUCCUGGCCUUACAAAGCUCCAGCCAUGUGUUGAAAUCUGCUGAAAAGCUUCAGACAAUACCCAAACUCAUGAACGCUGUUUCAACGAUGGUGUGUACUGACCCUAGUCUGUUCGGAUGGCCUAUGAUGAUGUAUGGUACGUUGCAGAGUCCUGGUGGAAGCAUUCUAUGGAACGGAAUAAACACGGGAGCGCGAAUGAGAAGCGCUGGUUCGGAUUGGUGGUACGAAGAUGUCUCUUAUCUAAGUGUAGAUUUGUUCAGAAGGCUCAUCAAGGCGAUGGAAACCAAAGGUAUACGCGCGGAAAGCUUAGUGGGUGCUAUGGUGUAUUAUGCGAGAAAGUACUUGCCUGGUUUGGGACGGUGGCAGAGCAGAAGAACAAGUGGCAGCAGCAACAACAACAAAAGCAGAACAAGUGUUGUGAGUUUUAGUUUGGCAGCAGCUUCUUCGUCUAUGUCUCCUGUUGAUCAGAUUGCUUUGCUUGAAACCAUUCUGAGUCUUCUCCCUGAAAAGAGAGGAAGAUCAUUCUGCAAGUUCUUGCUAUGUCUUCUCCGUGUUGCUUUCAUUUUGGGAGUUGAUGGGAGCUGCGUGAAGCAGUUAGAGAGAAGGAUAGGGAUGCAGUUGGAGCUCGCAACGCUCGAGAAUCUUCUGAUACUUAACUAUUCCGAUUCAGAGACUUUGUACAAUGUAGAUUGUGUAGAACGAAUGAUCCGCCACUUUGUAUCAUCAUCGUCAUCCUCAGAGCUAUCUGACUUCUCGCCUCCGUCUUUGGAUCCAGGGAUGUCUCCUUCCUCUUUGAGGAAAGUGGCUAAGCUGGUCGAUAGCUACAUGGCAGAGGUUGCUUCUGAUGUGAAUCUGAAACCUGAUAAGAUGCGGUCUCUUGCGGCAGCUCUUCCAGAAGGUUCAAGACCCUUGUACGAUGGUCUAUACAGAGCCUUUGAUAUCUAUUUCAAGGAGCAUCCAUGGCUGUCAGAUAAAGACAAGGAACAACUCUGCAACAUGAUGGACUACCAAAGACUCUCAAUAGACGCUUGCGCUCAUGCUUCCCAUAACGACAGGUUACCCCUCAGAGUUGUUCUUCAAGUCCUAUUCUUCGAACAAAUGCAUCUCAGAACCGCACUUGCAGGGGGUACCAACACCGGAACAGCUCAUGCAAUGACCGUUCCAGGACAAGAGAUAGUUGAGAGGGAUGGGUGGGUGACGGUUGUGCGUCAAAACCAGGUUUUAAAAGUUGAUAUGCAGAAAAUGAGGUCAAGGGUUGGAGAACUGGAAGAGGAGUUUCAGAAUAUGAAGCGGGAAAUGAAGAAGAGAGUGAGCAAGCCCUCUAGCUCAGUGAGCUCGCCUCGCCUGGUCAAGAUGGGCUGCAAGUUUCUUCUUCCACGAGCCUCUGAUGCCAAGAAUAAUGAUACAGCCCAUGGAUCUGUGUCCAGCACUCCAAGAUCUGCUGCUGCUGCUGCUGAACACGCACUGCCUCGCUCUUCCCGCCAUUCCAAACACCGUAAAAGCUUCUCAUUCUUCGGAUAAAUCUCUCUCCGAAGCUUGUCUUCUCUGUUUACUCGGGAAGGGGUUGCAUUGUUUCAAGAGGAGCAGAAGCUGUUCAUUUGGAACUGGAUCUCUUUUUGUUCAGCAAAGCGUUCUGUUUCUCUAUUACUCUUCGGUUAGGAGUAUCUGCCGCGGUUUUUUCUAAAGGUAAAAGUUUUGAAGACUCUUACCAUCAAAGGUUUCGGACAAGUCAUGCCUUUGUGAUCUUGGUGGUGUUUGGGAAAAUGGGUAUACUGUAAAAGUAAAUAACUAGAGUUAGGAUCUAUAGAGAAAAGAGGGUAUAAUUCUUGUCUCAUUUGAUAUGAUUCUGUGGAAUCUUUGUAGAUGUGUUAUUGUGUCUACCUGUUUGUAACGCUUUCUUAGUCAUCUUAUCAUCUGCAAGCAUGUUGCUGUUCUGUCAAUAAAUAUAGAUUCUUUUA